CAGUGAGUGCGUGCUGACAGUAACUGCGGACCACAGCUGACUGGCCAGCAACUGGAUUCCCGUGUGGUUCGCGGCUCCCGGCGGGGCCAGCUCCCGCAGCCCACGGGAAGCCUCGGGAGCACCGCGGGCUUGCGGGGCCGAGAGGACGCCCACGCCGCGGCCACCCGGAACCACGGCUACUUAACGCCGGUCUGGGCCGGAAGCAGAAGUCCCGACUGGACCGCCCGCGGGAAGGUUCAGCAGGACCGGCCGCUCCUCCCGCAGCCGAGCCGGAGGCGUGGUGGGCGCGGCCCGAGCGCGGCGGACGGCCCCAGCGCCGCGCGCCCCCGGUCGGAACCCGGCUCCGAACGUCCGGUUCCUCGGGCUCUCGGGUCUGACGGUCCUGAGGCGGCAGCCCCACCGCGCAAACACCCGGACAGCAGUCAGCUCCCACACAGACGCUCCCGGCUCCUCCCAGCUCGCCUCCUCCCGUGACGCAGCGAGCCAAAGACUCGACAGUCCCCGCUCGCCGCGCUCGCGUUCAAAGGGCGUGGGCGGGGCCCGCCGGAGCCCGGCCAAUCGGAGGCUGCGCGCCUCCCGGGCGGCGCUCCGGACCAAUCACAGCCUCCCGGGCGGAAGGCGGGGCAAGGCGGUGGCUGGGCUCGCGCAGGCGCGGUGCCGGGUGCUCGGAGCCGUUGCCCUGCGAGGAGCUACCGCGCAGGAUCCCAGCCAGUGUGAACUGAGUGCUUCUGCCUGAGGUCAUGCAGAGAACAUCGCGUCUGAAGCGAGAGCUGAGCCUGCUGGCCGCGGAGCCGCCCCCGGGCAUCACGUGCUGGCAGGACGGGGACCGGAUGGAAGACCUGCGAGCACGUGGAGCCAACACACCUUAUGAAAAAGGUGUUUUCAAGCUGGAAGUUCACAUUCCAGAGAGGUACCCAUUUGAACCUCCUCAGAUCCGAUUUCUGACUCCAAUCUAUCACCCCAACAUCGACUCUGCGGGACGGAUUUGUCUAGACGUUCUCAAGUUGCCACCAAAAGGUGCCUGGAGACCAUCCCUCAACAUCGCAACCUUGCUGACUUCCAUUCAGCAGCUCAUGGCCGAGCCCAACCCGGACGACCCGCUCAUGGCUGACAUCUCCUCAGAGUUUAAAUACAACAAGCCAGUCUUCCUCAAGAACGCCAGGCAGUGGACAGAGAAGCACGCACGGCAGAAGACAGACGAGGAAGGGGCGCCUGGCAGCCUCCCCACGGUGGGCAGCUCAGAGGGACCCAGGGCCGCACAGAAGAGGAAAGCUGGGCAGCUGGACAGCGAGGGAAGGAGGUUUUGCCCUGACGUUUAGGGAUGGUCCUGGCCUGUCUUUGCCGGGAUGGUCCAAUUUGCCUACAUUUCUGGACUGUUUUCUUUGUAUUUGAUGAUGUGAUCAUUUUUGUAUCUUGUGAAACAGACCUUGUAUAUUUAUGUGUUCUGCUUUAUAUUGAUUCUUUGAGAGUUAUUUUAUUUAUCUUGUGCAUAUUGAUUUUAAAACUUGUAAGCCUGAAAAAUAAAUAGUCAUUUAAUGUUGAA